CAUAGAUAUAUAGCAGUAUCCACUCGAGCGUAAAUAGGAAGUUGUAGCUAAACUGGCGAAUGAACUUCCGGUGCGCCAGGUUUGAAUCGUCUGUGUUUAAAACAAAGCUUGUGAAACGCUAGCGGUCUGUGAAUGAAAUAGGCGGUGAUGGAUAAUGGCACCGACAGUCUGUUUAAGAGGGUGGCAGGGAAGCUCGGCUGGACCGGACCGGGAGGACUGGACUCGGUGGAGAAAGAGCUGGUUAGAAGCAUUGGAAAGGGUAGGCGCCCACUAACUGGAGGCCGUAAGACUGGCACAGCAUCAGCUGUCACACCCGAGCUGUCAGACAGCGACAGCUCCGGAAAGGAGAACUGGCUGGGAAACGGAGAGUGUCGCCAGAAACGGGUUCAGCUUGACUCCAGCGACGAUGACUUUGACCAGAUUCUGGCUGAGAAGGCCACUCUUAAACCAGCUGGCCAGCGACAUCUCUCACGGCCGCAGUGUAACAGUCCAUCUGCCCAGCUGGUUAGCUCAGGCAGUGACAGUAGCUUUGAAGAAUUCCUGAACAGAGUGAAAACGCCCAGGUCCAAGCCAAUAGCAGCAGUGAGGAGCUGCAGUGAUGACAGCCUCAAACAUUUCAUCGUGAACAGCUUAUCCUCUGAUGAUGACUUUGCCACAGAUCGGAAGAAACCCGCUCCCAAAAGUAAACCGAAGACCCCCAGGUCUCUCCAGGUCCCCCGGCCCCCUUCUCAGUGGGAGUCCCCUGUUUUCCUGAGCGAGAGUGACAGCGACGGGGAUGAUGGAGUGGUGAUCAGGAGCACCUGGAAGUCCCGCCACACCCCGCGCAGGCCGCCCUCCACGGGGCAGGAGGGAGGGGGGCAGGGUGGGGCGCAGGUUCCUGCUCGUUCUGCCUCCGCCUCGGCUCCACCCCCCUCAACAACCCCCUCCUCCCUUCGCUCGCUCUGCCCAUUCUUGCUCCCCCCAUCCUCUUCCUCCUCCUCGGUGCCCCCGAAGCAGACGCACCGAGCUCUACUUCCUUCAGACGAUUCGGCCAGCUCUGAGGAGGAGUUUCUGUCGCUGCUGGAGAGACUCAAGCAGAACCACAGCACGGGCAGCAACAGCACACAGAGGCCCAGUCCCAUCCCAGAGCCCAAGCCGAAGCCCUGUGUGUCAGUACCUUCUGGGCGGGGCCUGGUUGGGACAGGGCCACGGAAGGUGGAGAAAGGGGUUCAACGUGACAGGACACCAGUACAGCCAGUAAGCAGACACCCCCAUGUCAGCCUAACAGAGCCUCGACCACCAUCAGGCAGCAGAGUGGCUGUCUGCAAGACCCCAGGCUGUUUCCUGCAGUCUCUGUCAGUCCCUGGGUCUCAGUACUGCCGCAGCUUCAAGCAGAACAAGGAAGAGCUCACCGGCAGGCUAUAUAGACUGUACAACAGCAGUGUCUUUGAUGGCAAGCUCCCCUCCGACAUGUCUGUCAGCUGGAAUAAGAAGAUGCGAAAGACAGCGGGGUACUGCGUCACGGGGCAGGAGAGGGGGGGCGGGAAACGCUACGCCCGCAUUGAACUCUCGGAGAAAGUGUGCGACUCUGCAGAUCGGCUGAGGGACACGCUGGUCCAUGAGAUGUGCCAUGCUGCCACUUGGCUCAUCAAUGGCGUGCGUGACGGGCAUGGAUCUUUCUGGAAGCUGUAUGCCCGCAAGUCUACCCUGGCCCACCCAGAGCUGCCUAUGGUGACCCGCUGCCACAGCUAUGACAUCAACUAUAAGUUCCAGUACCAGUGCAGUCGCUGCAAGAACACGAUCGGACGUCACUCCAAGUCCCUGGACACUCAGCGGUUUGUGUGCGCCCUAUGCACGGGUCCGCUGGUCCUCCUCAACCCGACCAAGCCCCGGGCCGCCACUCCCUUUGCCAGUUUUGUGAAGGAGAACUAUGGAACAGCACGUCAGGAGCUGGCGGGUCAGAGACACGCGGACGUCAUGAGGAAGCUCAGCGCCGACUUCGCCUCCAAGACCCGGCUCAGCCAGAGCUGAGGCCCAGGUGGAGUGCCCCCCGCACCCUGUGCGGGUUUUCCAUACCUUACCCAACUCCUCACAAUGACAAUCAGCUUCUCCUGCUAGUCCUGGAUGAACCGUUCAAAGGGCACGUUUCUUACGAUGAUUUUGUGUCCCAAAGGAAAAUGUGCAUGGGGAGUUAUCCGCUGAAAGUGGUUGGACCAUAUGACUGUUUAUUUUUUAUUUGAAUCAUUCAUUUGAUCAUGGAUGCACCAAAUUAUUAUUAUUUUUGGGGUUUGUUGUUGGUCUUCGCAUAUUCUACAGGUUUCACAUAAAGGGAAUUGUGCCAGUUUUAACUUGUCUAUUACCUGUUAUUGAUGUAAGUCUUGUCUAUGUCCAGUAUAAAUGUCUUCUUGACCAAUGUGAAAGUGUUCUGUUUUUCCUAAUAAAGUUGAAUAAAGUAAUAAA